UGACCAACCUAAUAAGAAGCUAACAUCUGCAGGGAGGAGCUGGAUGGGGAAGGCAACGCUGGCAGUCUUUGCUGACUCCGAUUCCAGCAACAUGAACGAGUCAUUUGCUCACCUCCACUUUGCAGGAGGCUACCUGCCAUCUGACUCCAAGGGCUGGAGGACCAUCAUUCCAUCUCUCUUGGCGGCUGUGUGCCUGGUGGGCUUCGUUGGAAACCUAUGUGUGAUUGGCCUUCUCCUUCAUGGUGUUUGGAAAAGAAAGCCAUCCAUGAUCCACUCCCUGAUUCUCAAUCUCAGCCUGGCUGACAUCUCUCUCCUGCUCUUUUCUGCACCUGUCCGAGCUACGGCAUACGUCAAAGGUGUUUGGGAUCUAGGCUGGUUUGUCUGCAAGUCCUCUGACUGGUUCACCCACAUGUGCAUGGCAGCCAAGAGCUUGACAUUUGUUGUAGUAGCCAAGGUGUGCUUCAUGUACGCAAGUGACCCAGCCAAGCCAGUGGGUACCCACAACUGCACCAUCUGGUCACUGCUGGGAGCCAUCUGGGUGGUAGCCAGCCUACUUCCCCUGCCAGAAUGGUUCUUUAGCACCACCAGACAUCACGCAGGUGUGGAAAUGUGCCUCGUGGAUGUGCCAGCUGUAGCAGCAGAAUUCAUGUCACUGUUCGGUAAGCUCUACCCUCUGCUGGUGUUUUGCCUUCCUUUACUUUUGGCUGGCUUUUAUUUCUGGCGAGCUUAUAACCAAUGCAAAAUACGCUGUGCGAAAACUCAAAAUCUUAGGAACCAGAUGCGUUCAAAACAACUCACGGUGAUGCUGCUGAGUACUGCCGUCACCUCUGCUCUUCUGUGGCUCCCCGAAUGGAUAGCCUGGCUGUGGGUUUGGCAUCUGAAGGCUGGAGGUCCAAUGCCACCGCAGGGUUUUAUAGCCCUGUCUCAAGUCCUGAUGUUUUCCAUCUCCACAGUGAAUCCUCUCAUAUUUCUAAUGAUGUCUGAAGAGUUCAAGGCAGGCUUGAAAGGCAUAUGGAAAUGGAUGAUAACCAGAAAGCCUGUAGUUACCUCAGAGGUUCAGGAGGUACCAGCUGGAAACAUUGAGACCCUUCCUGGUAAGGCUCCAUCUCCAGAGACCCAAACAUGCAUUCCAGACACAGACAGAUGUGGCUCUCCUGACUCCAGCAAAGAGACAACUGACAAGGUGAUGGUUCCCAUCCUCCCUGAUGUUGAGCAGUUUUGGCACGAGAGGGAUGUUGGCCCUUCGGCACAAGACAAUGACCCUAUACCCUGGGAACAUGAAGGCCAAGAGACAAAGGGCUGCAAUUAGCAGACUUAUGUUUCAAAGAAAAACAAAUUGUUUUUACUGUAUUUACUUGUACUGCUGGUUAGCAAUAUUGGUGACGUAAAUUGCCA